UUUGCUCACUAGUCGCAACUCCUAUAUAUUAUCCGCCCAAUUUCCCCCCUCAAACAAUCCAUAGUCUCCUGCUCAUCUCUCUUCCGAUCGAUUUCGUGGCGGAGUGGGGUAUGAUCUGAAGAGGAACCACCGAGGAGGGAGAUGCUGGGGUUUCCGAUCGACCACGGGGUUCCCUUCGUCGCCGCUUUCGUUGCGGCGACGUUGUGGGCGGCGGCGACGGCGGCCGUCUUCUUCGAACCCUUCAAUGUCAGCUACGACCACCGGGCCAUCAUAAUCGGAGGAAAGCGUCGCAUGCUCAUAUCCGCUGGGAUCCAUUACCCCCGAGCGACGCCUGAUAUGUGGCCUGGGUUGAUAGCUAAGAGCAAAGAAGGUGGUGCUGAUGUUAUACAAACAUAUGUAUUCUGGAAUGGGCAUGAACCAGUCAGAGGUCAGUAUAAUUUUCAAGGAAGAUAUGAUCUCGUAAAGUUUGCAAAGUUCAUUGGUUCACAAGGAUUAUUCCUUCAUCUCCGAAUUGGCCCUUAUGUUUGUGCUGAGUGGAAUUUUGGGGGUUUCCCUGUUUGGUUGAGGGACAUUCCUGGCAUCAUAUUUCGAACAAAAAAUAAACCUUUUGAGGACGAAAUGCAAAGGUUUGUCAAAAAGAUUGUUGAUCUGAUGAAGCAGGAAAUGUUAUUUUCAUGGCAAGGCGGUCCAAUCAUUUUAUUGCAGAUUGAGAAUGAAUAUGGAAACAUUGAAGGCCAUUUUGGUCAAGGUGGCAAGGACUAUGUUAAAUGGGCUGCUGAUAUGGCUCUUAGCCUCGGCGCAGGUGUGCCAUGGGUAAUGUGCAGGCAAACUGAUGCUCCUGAAACCAUCAUUGAUUCCUGCAAUGCAUUUUAUUGUGAUGGUUUUAGGCCAAAUUCUUAUAGUAAACCAGCACUUUGGACAGAGGACUGGAAUGGAUGGUUUGCUUCUUGGGGUGGAAGGGUGCCACAUAGACCUGUUCAAGACAAUGCAUUUGCAGUUGCUCGUUUCUUUCAAAGGGGAGGAAGCUAUCAUAACUAUUACAUGUUUUUUGGUGGAACGAAUUUUGGCCGGACAGCUGGUGGUCCCUUGCAAACAACUAGUUAUGAUUAUGAUGCUCCAAUAGAUGAAUAUGGCCUUUUAACCCAACCUAAGUGGGGACAUUUGAAGGAUCUACAUGCAGCUAUUAAGCUUUGUGAACCAGCUCUUGUUGCUGUUGAUGAUGGACCACAAUAUGUUAAACUGGGUCCAAUGCAAGAAGCACAUAUAUAUGCUAGUGAAUUUGUAGACACAAGCAAAAGUGUCUCAGAGAAUGUGAGCAUUUGCUCAGCUUUUCUUGCAAAUAUCAAUGAACAAAAAACAGUUACUGUGAACAUUUUUGGUGGAACUUAUACUCUUCCGCCCUGGUCUGUGAGCAUUUUGCCUAAUUGCAUACACACUGCUUUCAACACUGCGAAGGUGACUAGUCAAACUUCAAUCAAAACUAUCAAAUCUGCUUCUCCUAGCUAUUCAAAUGCAACUAAACAUGGACAUGUAGUGCUAUAUAACGAAAACACUCUUUUUUCAAAUAAGUGGGGGACCUUUCAAGAGCCAAUUGGCACAUGGGGCAAUAACAGUUUCACAGCUCAAGGCAUAUUUGAGCAUUUGAAUGUUACGAAGGACAUCUCUGAUUAUUUAUGGUACUCUACAAGAUUAAACAUCACCGAGGAAGAUCUUGCAUUUUGGGAGAAAGAGGACAUACUUCCAAUACUUACAAUUAACAAAACACGUGAUAUGGUUCAAGUGUUUGUGAAUGGCCGUCUUUCAGCCAGUAAAGUUGGUAAUUGGAUUCCAGUAGAGCAGCCUAUUCAUCUGGUUGAAGGAUCAAAUGAUUUAGUUUUAUUGUCUGAGACUGUUGGCUUGCAGAAUUAUGGUGCUUUCCUGGAGAAAGAUGGAGCAGGAUUUAGAGGAGAAAUGAAACUCAGCGGUUUCAAAAAUGGGGAUGUCAACCUUUCUAAUUUUUUGUGGACAUAUCAGGUAGGACUGAUGGGGGAGCAUACAGAGAUAUAUUCCCCUGAGAAUCAAGAGAAUGUAGAUUGGAAAGACUUGGAGUUUGAUUCAGUUUCAUCUUCCUUCACAUGGUACAAGACAACAUUUGAUGCCCCUGAAGGUGAUGAUCCUGUUGCUCUUGAUUUGGGGAGUAUGGGAAAAGGUCAAGUUUGGGUCAAUGGUCAUGGGAUUGGACGGUAUUGGACACUAAUAGCUCCAGAAAAUGGAUGUUCAAAAUAUUGUGACUACCGUGGAACUUACCAUGAAAGCAAAUGCGCAACCAACUGUGGCCUGCCCACUCAAAGCUGGUACCAUAUUCCAAGAGAAUGGUUACAAGCUUCAAACAACCUUCUGGUGAUAUUUGAGGAAACAGGUGGAAAUCCCUUGUUUAUCUCUCUCAAGGUGCACUCUACUGAAACAAUCUGUGGGCAAGUGUCAGAGAAUGACUAUCCACCAUUGUCAGCCUGGUUUAAUCCAAACUUGAUAAACAAUAAGAACACUAUCGAUAAUGUGGCACCAGAGAUGCGCCUAAAAUGUGACAAUAACUACAUUAUCUCUGAUAUCACUUUUGCAAGCUAUGGAACUCCUGCUGGUAGCUGCCAGAGCUUCUCACUUGGAAAAUGUCAUUCAGAGAGCUCUCUUUCCGUGGUGACUGAGGCAUGUCGGGAGAAAUAGUUGUACCAUCAGUGUUUCUAAUUCAGUAUUUGGUGAUCCGUGUCGACGCAUCGCCAAGUCUUUGGCGGUGGAAGCAAAAUGUGCACCUGUUGAGCUUUCCUCCAUAACUCAGAAGCUAGAGAACCCAACUACUAAAGAUAUCUGACCAGCUUGCUGUGUGGAUGGUCUAUCAUUCUAUGGGUGAGCUACACGUUAUGAUGCCAGUGGGCGUGGCAGCUACAGCCUACAGUUGCAGAAGGGCUUACAAAUUUUAAUUAAUUUGUAAGCUAAUUUAUGGAUUAUGUUAAUUUAUUGUUGCUCCUAGUUAUUCUCUUCAUAUGUGAGUGCAUCUUUCUUCCUUGAAUGUAUUUGUCAUUUCAUUGCCGCCGUCGAUGUAGUAGUA